AUGUCAGGUUAGGAUUCAAAUUAUACUACAGGUUAGUAGCCAUAUUAGCAAGGCAUCAAGAGUUACACUCUUAAUUUAGCUUAAAAGAAUAUUUCAGAAUUAAAUUCUUUUCUGCCACCUCCUGAAUAGGCAUAUAGCAUCACUACUCUCAUUUUGAAGGAUAAUAAACUAAAAAAACUACCAGAAGAUUUAUCCAGAUUUAAAAAUCUUUAAAUAAUAGAUCUAACAAACAAUCCUAUAAUGAUUGAAGCUAUUAUCCCAGGUUUAUAAAGUCUUUAAAACCUCUCUGAAGUUUAUAUCAAUGCUACUCCCGAAUAAGAAAAUUUCUUGAAAUAAAACUUGGGAAAUCAUGUUAGCAUUAACGGUGACAAUCACGAUGAACCUCAUUAAGAUUAUCAAGAGAACCACUAUUAAGAAAACGAAGAAGAGCAUAUAAAUUAUGUUAGAGACCCAAUGAGAUAGAACAGCUCAUAGACUCAAUCAAAAGAGAUAACUCUUGGAAAAGAAGAUUUAGUGACACUAGCUCAAACAUUUGACCAGAUUAGAGAAUUAUACCGUUAAAAUAACCCUAGCAUUGAUCAGCGCUUGGCUUAAAGUUUUGAUUAGCAUGUGAAAAGUGUGAUGGAAGAUUUAUCAACAAAGAUUGAAUAAAAAUCUAACGAACAUAUUACAAAUACUCAUAUUAUUAAAGCAAAAUAUGCACUAUAUGAAAUAUGUUUUGCAAAAUUGAUAGAUUAUGUAGCUAAUGCUGAUAGCAACAUAGCAGAUGUUCUUUAAAAAAUCCAUGAUGCUCAUGCUAUUUUUGUAUCAGAAAUGUCAUCAAUUAUUGAGAAAUUAGAUGAAAUUAAAUUUAAUAGACCAUAUGCACCUGAUUAUUAAUAUUUAAAAAACGAAAAUGAGCAACUUAAACAAUAAGUUUAGAGUCUCACUGAUGAAAAUAAGCAUUAUCUAGAAAUAAUAGUAAAACACUCAAAAGGAUAGAGUACAGAUGUUAAUACAAAUAAAUUAGAGAGCCAAGGAGGUUAGCAAAGAGCCUUUUCUCCUUAAUUCAACCCUUAAAAAACAAAAGAGAUGAGAAAAAUUUAAAGCACAAUCAAUCAAAGUGUUUAGUCAGUUGGAGGCCCCUCUACUGUUAGAACUCUUACAAUAAGAUAAUUGAAAGAGGUUAUAGAAGAGAUAUAUAAAUCUAAAUAAACUUUUGACAAAAAAUACUAAGAAGCAUAACUUCCUAGAGAAACUAUGGAAUAGCAUAUGUAUACCUAUUUAAAUUAAAAAUAUGGUCUCAAAAAUUUAAUUAUGGAAUGGGCUGCAGCAAUCAUAAAUGGUAUUAGAAAUUUUGUAUCUGACGAUAACGAUAUAGCUGUGUUUGGAAAAAUACUUAAAAAUGAAUGUGAUGAAGAAUUUAGAUUCGUCUAAAACUAAGUUAAAAAUACAAUCUAAGAGCUUCUUAAAAUGUACUUAAGAGGUAGAUACCCAUAUAAACAUAACUCUGAGAUUAAGUAAAUGGUAAGCUAAAAAAUUGAAGGAUGGGUUUAUCUAGAAGAAGCAAGUGAUAUUAUAAAAUAUAUGUAUAACGAAGAGGAUUCUGAAACAUUAAUUGAGAAGGUUAAAUUUUAUAUUGACUAGAAUAGAUCUAACACAAACUUACCAUCAGAUAAUUUAAGCACCAAAAAAGUAACUAGAGAAUAAUUGUUAGCAAUGUAGCAAGAAAAAGAAAAGUUCAAAAUAGAAUACGUCAUAUUUUAAAAGAUUAUAUUAGACUUCCAACUAAAGAGCCACGAAAAGUUCUUGAAGAAGUUUAUCCUUCUUUUUAGAAGUGUUGACAAAGAUCUUAAUGGUGUUAUUGAUGAGGAAUAAUUCAAAGAAUUAAUUGAUAAAAUGGAUGUUAAAAAAGAUGAUACUGAAAUUUAGAGAUACUUAUCCAUAUUAGAUCCUUUUAAUAAAUAGCAAAUCACCUUUUCUUAAUGUGUUACUCUUUUUUCAUCAGAAGUAAUAGAAACUAAUGAUGGCCAAAGACUUUCAAUUCUAUAAAAAAUACAAUAAUUUGAAUUUUAGAAUCAUAAAAAUUGA